GAGAGAGAGAGAGAGAGAGAGAGAAAGCGAGAGGUGACUGUAGAGUGAUGGGACCCGGCUGAAGGAACAGCAGCGAGUGAUCACUCUCCGGGCUGGUAAUGUCAGCAGGUACACAGAUGUGAAGGAUGACUUCUUGCUCAGAAAUCUGUGGGUCGGAGUAUGGUGAAGCUCAAGCCAGCGGGAACUAUCAGCAGUAUGGAGUCCGCUCCUACCUUCACCAGUUUUACGAGGAGUGCACAGCUUCAAUCUGGGAGCGUGAUGAAGAUUUUCAGAUUCAGAGAUCGCCGAGCAGGUGGAGCUCUUUACUCUGGAAGGUCUGUCUUGCGUUCGGAACACUGAUCUUGUUGUCGGGCCUCGUUGUUGUUUUGGUAGGUUACAGCACUCCAACCAGGAUUGAGGCAUUUGGCGAGGAUGAUCUUCUUUUUGUUGACAGCCAUGCUGUAAGUUUCAACCGUGCCCUGGAUGUCUGUAAGCUGACUGGUGCUGUGUUGUUCUGUGUGGGAGGCACCUCCAUGGCUGUGGGCCUCCUGCUGUCUGCCUUUGCCAAGAGCUACUCCAAAGAAGAGCUGUAUCUGCAACAGAAGUUUAAGGAAAGGUUGGCAGAUCUGCACGCAACAGUCGGUUCUCCCAUAAUGAGAGCACCCACUCCUGGCGAGGGUAAGGUGCCAGUCACACUCUCUAAAGUCCAGAACAUCCAGCCAGCGAAUACAAAGUCGGAAACCUGACAGAAGCCUAAAUAAAGGCCUCACGUCAAGAAGUGUGUUUGAGGAUUGAUUGAAGUGCAGACUGUGUGCGAGUGUGUGUGUGUGUGUGUGUGUGUGUGCGUGUGUAUUUUCUCCUUUGAAAGGUCAGCUAACGUGUCACUUCAAGCUGUUGAGCUUCAAAUUUUGGUUCUUCAUCAUUGUUGUGUUUGACAUUAACGUUUGGUUUUGAUGUUAUACAGGUGCAGAGUUAACUUAGAUGAACAAAGUCUAUCAGCUUUUAUUUUUGAAACAUCAGUCGUAGGAAAUAUGUAGUUGUGUAAUUAUAGUUUCCUUUUUUUUUUAACUGCUGGAGAGGGAAGAGCAGCAGCAGUUGCUGUGUUGUUGAAAGUUGUUGGUGAUUGGGCCAUAUUCACAGAAAGGAUUAAAAGAAGCACUAUAGACACAACAGCAUCAGAGGAUGAGUGUUAUCACGGAGAGGAUACUUUUUUAGUAGCGUGCACAUGCAUUUUUAUUUACUGUUACACCACUGCAACGACAGGCCGAGUGGAGUCUUCUACGAGAAGUCACGAGAACGUAUUACAAACAGAUCAGAACAAGCCUUGUGGGUAAAUGUUACACUGGCAUUUCCUUCUGUCUUGUUAAGCAAUCGGAUUUUGUCUUCUUCAGUUAAUCCUCUGGCAGGAUCAAUAGACGAGAGCAGACAGACUGAUGAAAGGUACAUUGAACCAGACAGGACAUGCAGUGCGGCAAAGUCUGCCACUUAAUCAAACAGCAUAUUUUUUUUUUAUAAACAAGGUAAAUAAAGAAUUCAUCAUGCCUUCUAUUACUGAUAAAAAAAAAAAAAUCACCUUCACUGAUGGUUAAAGCUAAUGUUAAAAUAAAGACGCUGCAAGGGUGUGUGAUGGCAGAUGUGUUAUAUAACAGGGACGUAGAGAACACCCACAGCUCUCCAGUGAGCAUCCAUUAGCUUGUUUGGAAGCAGCCGCAGUUUGGAGUCUGUGAUGUGAUCAUACCCACAUAUGCAACAACUACGCCACAUCAAAGAUUUGCAUUCUCAUUUGGCAACUAUCUAAAAACUUGCUGAUUUGCUCGAGCGUGCGCACUGUAACUUCUAUAACGUACAAGCACAAUACGCCGUUAACAUGUCACCCUUUGCUGCUCUUAAAAUUGUUUUUAGCUGAGUCUCAAUUCAGGGGGGCAUCGCCCACAGAGGGUGCAUUCAGAGCUUGUCUGUGUCAAGCUUUGUCCCAUUUCUAACACUACUUUAAAUGCAGCUAACCAAUGGGACCUUUCAUCCCGAACCAACGAAGGAUCAAACAGGUGGAUCCUCCGUUGUCAGGCUGAUUCCAGAAUUCAAUGUGCACUGGAGACUAAGGAUUUAGAACAAUAUAAUGACGAUGAUAAAAACAUUCAAAGAUGUUAAAAAUAUAAAUAGCCUUCCACUCUGUUUGGGAAAAAAAGCAACAACUAGACGUUCACAUCUUGAAAUCUCAAGAUGGCCAUGUUGAUCACCAUGUCAAACUGUAGCUCUGUUGCUAGGUGACAGUGGCAAAUGCAAUAGUGAAGUGCAUCUAUGGACCAGACCAUUUCCUUUUGCUUCAGCCUUUUGGUUCAGCCUUUUGGAGACGGACGUCCCUGAAUUGACACAAGACUUUUGUCUGUAUGGUACAUGUUUUUGUCAUUUCGUUAAUCUUUUGAACAGAUUACACAGAGAAACAGAGCAAUGUUAGUAAAGUGUCAUCAAAAUGUGCAAAAUGAUGUAUUCUCUUUCAAAUCCAUGUGGCAACAACACUGCAUUACUGGUCUGUAAAAAAAAAUCAAUGAGUGGCUGUGCUGGGUAUGCCUGUGUAACUUGACCUUUUAAUAUCAUUCUCCGAGCCUUCUGUCUCAUCCGUGUUGCUUUCCUCCAUCGCGCAGUGUCAUUUCAACACUUCAGGCUCAUACUCAUAAGCAUCACGAGCACCCUAACGAUAAUCAAGAAACAUCAUCUCAGCAGAACUACGGUACAAGAAGACAGAGCAAGCUGAUAUAAGCAGACAUUCCAGUGUGCUCAGUGUUUAGUAAGUGGUGAAUAAAUGUGCUGAUUUAUUGUUA